CGGAUAUGGCGUAUAUGUAGUUUGAUGGCAUUCAAAUAGCCAUUGAACAAUGAAUGGCACUGGUUGGUGACCUUUUAUAACAUGCUCGUUACGUAUUUAGGACUCUCAAAAGUGGAGUACAAAAUUUGUCUGUAAACAGGCAUUAGAAUUCGACAAAAGUACAGACUAGGUCAGUAUUGUCGUUCGUGUAUAUAUCAUGGUAUUCAUCAUGCGGAUGGUUUUCAUUCUGAACGUAUUCCUGAUUGGUCUUCAGUCAUGUCUGGCUAUCACAAUCUGGAACCAACACGAUUUUAUGAGAAAUCGAUUUCGUCCUCUACGGAAACAAAAUAAGACAGCACAAUCAGCCGAUGGACACCGCGCCCCGAAGCUCCCAGAACAAUACGAGGCGGAUUGGCUUCUUUACGUCCAUCCUCUGGACAAUCCAUCACCCUGGUACUCCCUUCCUCCACCCCCGUACGAGGUUGGGCGGGGCAAAACAUACUAUGACUACACCAUACCCGCAAUAUCGGAACAUUACGAUGACUUCUGUCUCCCCGUAUUUGGCGGAUUAGACUAUCAUUGGCCAUGCAUCCUCCUCCAUGUCAAGGAGACAUGUUAUGUCGUCUCUUAUGACAAAAAUGCGCCCUAUGGAGAAUGCUGUAUUUGGAGGCAGCCCUGGGAAGUGCCAUCACCUGAUAUCGUCAAAGUGAUGCAAUAUGAUCGGACUGAUGUCUACCAGAAUCACAUGACGGAGUGGUACACGUUAGGUACCCCGGACCAGCUCUUCAGUUAUGGAUUCGCAUGGAAUAUAGGAACGAGAAAUUUCCACCGAGUACCUGCUGCUUUCGCUUAUCCCUUUGACGUCGGGUGGGGAGUGCAGAACUUCUUUAACGUGACGGAGAAAAUUAGGGACAAAUCCGUCUUCGACAUUCCUGAGUCCUGCGUUGAUGCGUCUUACUGCAUAGGACCUGCUGUUUGAUCAAGGACCAAAAAAGAACAUUACAUGUAUACAACCAUAUAUACGCAAUGAAAGUUGCUAACAACUUCAUGAUGUAGACGUUUAUUUACACUAUAGGCCUAUACAUAUUCCACGAUCGAUUUCGGUUCGCUCGAACCCUCAUCACUGCUGAUCUAACAGCAUCCGGCCGCCAGCAAUCUACAGUGGCGCCGUCUGUUGACUUCGCAUCGUUAUCUUUGACGUGGUGUAUGGUCCAGAGAGGUAUUGCAGUCAUGUCUUGUCUGUGCUGUGUAUGGCUCAUGAAAACAACUGUCCAUCCCAGAGAGGUUGCGGUCUAGUUUUAUCUAUGCUGUAUCAAACAAAAACAAAACAUGCAUUCCAGAUGUCUUUGAUGUGGCACACAUAGGAGUAUCAAUCUGCGUGUCCUUGAUAUGCUACACAAGUGUCUUUGCUUUGGUUUGUCUUUAUUUGCGGUAAUAACUGCCCAUAGUUUCCUACCUUACUCACUCCUGGAUCUCUGCAGGCUCUACGUUUUGAAUAAAAAAAAAGUGGAAAAGGCCAGAGACCUCUAUCAGCCAGCGUGUACAUUCUGUGUACAUUUUAAUGAACAUGGGUUGGUGAAAAAAGUACACCAAGGGUGCUUUAAUUCCCACCAAAUUUUAAAUUUAUUAUGAAGAGGCUUUUAUCAAAAUGAUAGUAAAAAUUCAAAACAUUCCAAUACCGAUUGCCUGAGAAAAAAUGAUUUGUGUACAGGAUUGCCAUCAAAUCGUCACUCGCGGACUUAUAUGGGCCUAUUUUCAUGCCCUUAGAAUACAAGUUCUAAACUGGCCACUGACACAAUAUUUCCUUAAAUUAAUUAUCAAAAAGUAUAUCCCUGUUAUGGCCUGGCUCUGUAGAUUAAGAAUCCACCAAAGAUUGAAGAAUAAAUCCACUUUCACCCAUCACAGUCAUGUAUUUACCACAGCUUCACAGUUCAGUACUGACUAUACACGCAAGAGUUUGUCACAUCCUGAGGACAGGAUUGUCAAGCUGGUUCAGGACGGUGUAACGGUUUUGGUUGCACUAUUCCAUAACAAAUGAUUGAGGAAAUAAGUCUAUAAGACGAGGCAUAACAAUGGGUACACAGCUGUAUGAGGUUCUUAAAUGUGUUAAAUCGGCCAAGAGCUGUUACAGUACACCAUAUUGCUGGAUUCGAUAGAUCCCCAAAUAAUGGGUUAUUCCAGCUUGAAGAAACACGGUUGGUCGACGCUCAACGAAGAAUUAGGAGGGCCACAGUUGUUAUUGUCAAUACAGUAAGGCCUACGGUAGGUGUUGACGAUGCGGUGGACGGUACAGAGUAGCAUAUGGAUCCCUGAUUACGGUGCACCGACAGAUACAAUUGUCUUUAAACCGGUCCACCAUCAAAAACACUGUAAAGUUAUUCAGGUACAGUCUCGACCACGAGAUGUCUUCGGGCUGUUAGCACGGCCCCAUUGGAAUUCGACUGAUUGUCACACGCAACACCAUGGCGGACACCACUGAAGAAGAAUUUCGUGAAGAAAUCGCUGCCAUUGUGAAGGAUGCCGAUUUGUCAGGACUCACCGCGAGGAAAGUUCGUCGCCAGCUCGAGGAGAAGUUUGGUGCAGAUUUCACAGAAAGGAAAGGAGAGAUAGAUGGCAUCUUGAUUGAACUUAUCAAUGAGAAGACAGAUUCGCAAGAGGACUCAGAUGCUGAUGAAAGAAAUGGCGAGAAUGGAACUGCGUCUGAUAGCUCUGUAUCAGACGUAUCUGUGAUGGAAUCAGAUGAGAAAAAGGCAGCCCCAAAGAAAAAGGCCCAACCAGCAAGGAAGAAACCACAAGCUAAACCAGCUGCCAAACCCAGAAGUAAAGCCACAUCAAAAGUAAAGUCAAAACCAGAAGUCGUAUCAUCGGAUGAUGAAAAGAAUUUAGAUGAUGAAGAAUUAGCCCGCAAGUUACAGGAAGAAGAGAAUGGCGGUAGACCACGGCGUCGAACCGCAAAGAAAGUCAAACCACCAAAAAGUGACAAACCAAAAAAGCCAAGGGCUGCUGGCACCUCCAUUUAUAGUCGACCUUGUGACCUGACUCCUGAAUUGGCUGCAGUAAUGGGUACUGAUAAAAUGCCAAGAAAAGACGUUGUUAAGAACAUGUGGGAAAUAGUCCGAGAGCGGAAUCUUCAAGACCCUUCGAAUAGACAGUUCAUGCUUUGUGAUGAGCAGCUUUUAAAAGUUUUUGGUAAAAAGCGUGUUCGGACCUUUGGGAUGAUGAAAUAUCUGAAGAAACAUAUGGUUUAAAAUGAAUGCAUUUAUUCUGUCAAGCGCCUCACCCCUUGAAGUUUGGCAAGUUCUUUCAUCAGCAGACCAAGUCUGUACUAUUUUCACUCAUCAUUUUUUAUGAGUCAUGUAUACAUCAUAUAAAGUUUAUCAAAACCAUGUCUUCACAUACUGUAUACUGGCACCUUUUUGGCUUCUCUUUUGCAUAAUUUGAAAGACCCAGUUUAAUCUCAUGGUUGAACUGUUCAGUUAACACUUUCAGUGCGGAAGCAUUUUUCAGCCUCCAGCAGUCCUUGCCGGGCAGUGGAAAGCAAUGCUGAGCAGUGCUUCUUUUAUCUGAAAGGGAUGGUAUUUGGAACAAACUAGUCUUUUCUGAGUGUGUAUAGCAUGUUUAGAGAGGCUGUUGCCGUGUGCGGAUGAAUAAAAAUCAUUGUAAUUUGUAGUGCAUGACGUGUUAAUAUGCACGUCACCUUCACGUGAUGAGACUUGUGACAUGACUUGCUGUGGACGUCAUCCCGCAGCAAAAGGGUUAAAGGAUAUCUCUCUUGUCUCAGAAAUGGCCCGGUUUACAUAGUGCUCUAUUAUUUCAUGUGUAACUUUUGUACAAAUGUAUUUUGCAUUCUUUCCUUCGUUUGUAUGUUUGUUUUAGAUAGCUGCAAAAACUAAUUGUAUUUCAUAUCCUUGUAGUUCGAUUUAUUAUGUAUCCCAGUAUCACUAUCAGGUCGAAAUUAAAUAUUUCGUACUCGGAUAAGGUCCACUAAUUCAUAUACAUUCUCGUUCGUAAUCAUGGUUUUCAAAGGUGUCCAAUUUCCUGCUAAUUGUCUUGAAUCCCAGCCAGUUGUAUUUUAUGGUUUUAUUCAUUGUUUAGUAAUCAAUCGAGUAUCAUUUCCCCCGUGGCAUUUCCACCUGGUUGUGUGAUGCAUAAAAUUCUCACGAAUUCUGAUUGAAUUGAGAGUUUUCAAUGGUGAAAGGUUGUGAUGUUUGUUUUGUGCCGAUGUGCACCAUGCCUGGGUCUUUAAUCACCUGGAUAGGGUAUUUUAUUGCGGCCAACGUAAAUAACAUGCAUCCUUUCUAUUGUUUGUAACGUUCCUGUUACUUUGUUUGUCCUGUUUGAAGCAUGGUGUUUGUUAUUCCUAGCUGAUUAAGUGGUGCGAUAUUAGCAUGUAACAAUUAGUAGAUGUGUGGGCGGGACUCAUUUCAAAAGCUACACCUAUUGUCAUUUUAUUCUACAUUCUAUUCAAAAUGUUGUUGGAAAACGAUCAGUCAGUUUGCUUGUAAAAGGUAGAGCCAAUUACAGGAUUGUGACAGAGAUGAUGUAUCCAAAAGUGUACAUAAAAUAUUGAUGUUUUCUCAUGCAACCCUUAACCAGGCUCUUUCUGAGGCUGAAUAUUAUAUUGUUACUCCAUCGUGCGAUCAUCAAUCGCCAGCAUCAAGCUUGUGACUGUCACAUGACUUUUUGGGUUGGUUACCAGUGUCUCGUCCAGACUCCUAGAUGCCCCUGGUUCUGUGACAGUAAUUAGCAGUAUUCCUUAUUGAUUGUACCUUCAAGCUACACACAGCCUUUUGACACUGUACGGUAGAACCUCUCUGUUGAGGACACCAUUGGAGACCUGCAAAUGCUGUCCUUAAUGGAAAGGUGUCCUGAUUAUGCAGCAGUCAAAUUCAAUUGAAAUGACCAAUUUGAAUUCAAGAGAGGGUGUCCUUAAUAGAGAGGUCACUGCUGAGGGAGGUUUCACUUUACUUGUGUCUUAAUUUGCCUGCCAUUCUGUUUCUUCUGACAGAAGAUUUUGUUGAAAUCAAAUUUGGUGCUGCCAGUUAUCGUUGUGUCAAUCAUAGAGUGUAAUUUUUAAAAAUCAUACGAGUAAUAAUUAUCAUGCUUAGAAUUGAGUUUUGAUCACAAUUUGUAAUAUGUAAAGGUUCUCCUCAGUGGUUGGUAUCGUGACAGAAAAACUGACAUUGAAUCAAUGCGAUAGGCUUGAAUUGCUGGUUUUGUGCAAGUUCUAGAAUAUGCACAUCGCCCAAGAUUUUAUUGGAUGUAGCGAUAUGUCCAUCCUGAUGUAAGGGUUUUUAUUUUGUAUUGCAUGACACAUGCAAUUGUGUAGAUUUUUAAGUUGAAAGGGUGAUUGUAAUUUUCAUUUUUAAAUUGUAAAUUAUAUCUUGUCGAAUAGCCACUCGUAAAGGCACUGUGGCUUCUCAGUUUCAGAAGACCAGAGUCAUUCAUUGGUUGUUGCAUGUAUUUUGACACACUCUGUAAACUGAAAGUUGUGGCGACUCAAAAUGGGUGAAAAGAUCAUUUUGAACAUUUUUUUAGAUUAUACUUAUAGGAAUAGAAGAAACAUUAUACUGUUCCAUAUCCAUUUCAAAAUUUGUGUUAUAUCAAAAUUUUACCAUUCUCAUUAUAAAUAGUUUUUAUAUACAGAUGCAGAUAGUUCAUAACUAAUAUUUUCACCCCAAGCCAAAUUUAUUUCAAUCAUGUAAUGCAUGUACAAUGUAGGUCCAAAGCUGAGAAGCUUUGGCCAAAGUUUUGGGGCGGAGUUUGCCCUCAACCCAACAGUCUCAAUAUCAGUAUCAUAGAGACUAAUUCGAUCACACCUAUUUUAGACUUGAAAGGUGUUGCCCUUACAAAAUCUACUGAAACUCUCUUUGGUAGGUAUUGGGCCUGCAUUGGAUCAGACCAGCACCAUGUUCUGUUGAAAUCGCAUUCAGACGGUUUUGUAAACUGGUGGAGAGUUGGAAUCAUGUAUAUUCCAUAUUAAAAACGCUAGUAUAGUCAUUUUCAA